CAUUUCGGAGCUCAUUUCGAAGAAACGCUAACUUAACAAACUGAUGUUACAUAUAAAUUUGGUCAAUCUAUAAGAUAAAAGAAAUAUCAUAUAUAUACAUAUGGGAUGAUUUAAAAAUAACUCUUUAAACUUUAAAAUUUGAAAAUACACUUCUUUUAUUAUCUUUUGAAAACACAAUUUUAAUGUGAUAAGACAUUUUUAUCCAGAUUCUUAUUUUAAAAAAUUACAUAUUCUAUUACGUAAAAUACAAAUUUGAAAACAAACAAAUAGUUAUCAAGAGAAUCCCAUCCCCAUAUAACUCUAUUCACGUUCUUCAUGCAUCUACAUUCUUUCUUGUUGUUGAAAAAGUGUAAUAUGGAGCAAUCACCUCAUUUGAAUAAAGUCUCAAAAGCCUUAGGGAGAAGGAGGUGGUCAUUUAUGGUCUUAUUAUAAGGAAACAACAAAAAACUGUAAGAAAAAUUAAAACAUACAACAAAUGGAGUAGGGCACACUAUUUCUUACUGCAUAGUUCCAAUAGGAUUAACACUGAAUUGAGUCCCUAAACUUCAUCGUCGUCUUCAUCGCCAAAGCUUAUAGGAACUAGACCCGAAACUUCCAUUUGCUUUUCAAAGGAAUGAAGGAUCAAACGAUACAAACUCAGCUCUCCUUGUGCCUCAGCUUUCCGCUUAAGCAUCAUCCUAUACAAUUUAUUAAAAGAAUUGUUACAUUAACAAGUCUACUAAUAACAACUUAUUAUAAGAAUUACCUACACAUGGUUUUAUGAAUCUAUUAGUGUGGCUUCGCAAUUUUACUAACAAAUCCUUAUUUGAUAUUUAAGAAAUAUAGCUAUUUAUGUUAUUGUUAUAGUUCGAAAAUGUUUUAUAACCAUGCUCUGCUUAGGGAUCGCAUCAAUCUUGUCUCAAUAUACUACAACAAUGGGUUGAUCAAGCUGAUCACCUUCUAAUCCGUAACAUUUUUCUACCUUCAUGAUCAACAUCAGAUUCUCUUAACCUGCUCGUUUGACCCGCCAACCCAUGGGGGUUGAGUGUUUUUUUUAUUUAAAAAACUUAACCUCUUUGACCCGCAAAAAGAAAAUAUAAAAUUUGCGUCCACUCUGUUUAAAACCGCGGAUAAUAUUAGUAAUAAUAAAAAUUAUUAUUUAAAAUAUUUUUAUUAAAAAUAAUAAUAAUAAUAUAUCCGUAAAUAUUUUUUGUUUUUAAUAGUUAAAAAAAAAUUAAAAAAAAUUGCGGGUUAACGGAUAUUUGCAGUUGAAAUUUGGAUGAUCUGAUUUUCUUCCGCAUAAAAAACACUUGAUCCGUGUCCGCACUCGCAAAUUUACAUCAAUCUACCCGCAUCUGCUCCACUGCGGGCCAAACGGGGCGGAGCUCACGGAUUAUGAUUCAAAUUCCCAGCCCUAGCCCUAGGUGUGAGAUACAUACGAGAAAUAAGGGUAGGGUUGCAACAAUAAAUAUCUUCUUUAUCAAAGCUUAUUUCACGUGUAAAAUCUUAAAAACCAACAAACUGGCAUGCAGUACUCAGAUAAUUUAUUUUAGUACAAUUAGGUACUUUUGACAAAACUGUUUAUUUCUUUUAUCGCCAGUUUGGUUUACCUAAACCGUUUUAGAUAAUUUAUUUAUGGCGUAAAAAAAUAAUAUUUUAGACAGCCGGGCCGGACCACAUUGAGAGUUGUGAGAUUUAUUAGAGAAUUAGGGGUAGUGAAAACUAGGUACAACAAUUUCUGCCGCAUUCACAUGGCUUCUCUUCACAAUCAUCUCUGGAACUCUGGAAGAAUGGUCGCUGAUCCGCUGUCUUCUGGCCGGAAGAAGAUGGCUUCUCUUCAGUCAAAAAAAAAUAAAAUUAGAUGGCUUGUACAACUGUAACUGCACCGUUUUUAUCUGGCGUCGAGAGCUUUACAGGAAAGAUGAAGGUAUUUCAGAAACUGAAGUCUCUUAUGAUUGAGACAAUAGAACUCAUCUUAAGGGAAGAAGAGAAAAAGGGUGUUUAGGUCACUCAGGCCGAUCUUGUCAGACAAUAGAACUCAUCUUAAGACAAUAAAACUGAAUAUUUUUUUUAAUAAAGUGAUUAUUGUAAAUUUAAUAUGUAUUUUUGUUUUAUGCAACAACAUAUGUUAAUAAAUUGUAUUUAUGUUCUAAUAUUCAAUGAUCAAAUUAAUUUCUUUUAUAAAUAUAACUAUUUAAUAUCAAAAUAUAAUAAUUUAUUUUAUUCAGUGUCUCACAUUUUUUAGUUUAUUUUUAACAAAUUUAAACUGAACGAAGUAAUACAUCAUUUAGCAUGUUUCACAUUGGUAAAAUGUAAAUUUUGUUUCUAUAAGAAACUUUAAUAUAAAUGAGUUAAGGAAGGUAUUUGUUAAAACCAUCUUGUAUUUGAUUAUAUUGCAUGAUUGAUAAAAUUAUAUUGUAUUAAUGUAAUUUUACAUUUUAUCAAUCGGGCCUGGCCACAUUGAGAGUUGUGAGAGAAUUAGGGGUAGUGAAAUUAGGUACCAAUCAUUUCUGCCGCAAUCUCAUGGCUUCUCUUCGCCUCUGGAAGAAGGUCGCAACUCCGCUGCCCUCUGGCUGGAAGAUGGCUUGUACAACGUUUUCAUCUAGCGUCGAGAACUCUGAUCCUAUCAAGGCAGAGAAGGUGGGGAAGAUGAAGGUAUUCCAGAAGCUGAAGUCACUUACGGUUGAGACAAUUGAUCUCAUCUUAAAGGAGGAAGAGAAGAAGGGCGUUUACGUCACUCAGACGGAUCUUGUCAGAUGGGCGAAACGUAUUGAUAAGAGGAACAACAGGCCUGAAAACUCUCUCGAGAUCUUUAGGUGGAUGGAUAAAAAGAAGAUGGUGUUUUCUCCCUCCCAACUUGAGCUUUUUGUGGAUCUUCUGGGCGAGCUUAAAGGAGCAGAAGCGGCUUUAGCCUACUUUGACAAAGUAGAGCCAAAUUUCGAUGAGAUGGACGCUGAAGCCAAAAACCGCCCUGCUUACUUGAAGCUCUUGUAUUGGUUCCGGGUUAAAGAAGAGAGUCAGACUUCGGGGGCAAGAACACAUGUUCUCAAGUUCCCUAAAGUUGAUGAUCCUCAAUGGGCUAAGAAUUCUACUCCUACUACUCCUGCUCAGAAGAGAAAUCUUUUUUCCAAGCUCAAAUCCUCUGAAACCUGUUGUGACCACCUUUUGAGAGAGAUGGAGGACCAAGGGUUUUGCAUCACCAAAGCAGAUCUAAACCGCUGGAUAAAACUCCUCGAAAAACAAGGACACACACAGAAAGCUCUAGAGGUUUUGUCUCUGUUAUUUUUCCCAUUGAUUUUCUUAUGUCUAUUUUGGUUAUUAAAUGCUCUUUUUGCUUGUAGAUCGACGCGUUUAAGGAGUGGAAAUACGUUUCCUUUUAUCAUCAACUGCGUGGAACGUUUAACCGUAGCUCUGUUUCUUGGGAACCAAGUAACAAUAUCCCUGACGUAACUCAAGUGGCGACAACAGGCUUUUUGCAUGGCUAUGCAAAUUCUACGUAGGUCAAUUACUGGUGCUAGGAUUUAGCAGAGGAAACAGAGGGGAUAGCGACGUCAAUAAGUUGUUUUUAAUGCUUUGUUUAAUGAUUGCAUUAGUCUUGUCUCAAUACUACAACAAUGGUUUUGAUCAGCUGAUCACACUGGUCAACAACAGAUUCUCUUACGUGGUGAUGACAUUUACUCAGUAAAAGACUCAUAAAAUUUUAUAUAUUCA